GAUCAGGACUCGCCAUGCAGGGGCCUCUCGUGUUCGGACGUGGAGCUGAUGGUUUCGGAGUUCAAGGCAUUCUUCGAGCGGCCUGAUUGGCUGCAGUGCAGGGCGGACCUCAGCAAGCACCCGAGCAAGGACGACCAGGAGGGCAUCAAGAGGCACAUCAAGGUGUGCAUCGCCAUCAGGAGCAAGGAGAACAAGUGGGAGUUCCCAGGGGACACCCUCGUGGCGUACCGCGCCGAGGUGGCGGCGAAGCUUCGGGCGCUCGCCAGGCACUGCGCAUCGCUGUGGAGCAGGCCGAAGCUGCCCAAGUGGUUCGUGGAGUACCUCGAGGCAGAGGGCUACAACGAGAGCCCCGACGCCAACACGAACUCCGUGUACAAGUACAGCGAGUACAAGAACACUGCGAUCAGGACCCAAACGGGCACGACUGCCGAGAUCGAGCGCGAGAAGAUCGAGGGCCCAGAUGCAACCGGCUGGCGCAGAGCGUUCUGGCCCGACGGCGCGACGUGGCAGUUCCCCAAGCAUCUGCGCGUCAAGCCGAAAGCAUGCGCCAGCAAGCUGCCCCGCAUCGCCGUCUUGUGCAGGAGCGAGGGCCAGUUCGAGGUGUUCAUGCGCCUGGCGAAGGACAGGGGCCCAGACCACCGCCUGGUCCAGAUCAUGAAGAAGACCAGCACGACGGAGAGCGGCACCGUCCUGGAGCAGCAGACGCAGGCGAGCUGCGGGCACUGGCCCUCGGAGGACGAGGCGAUCGCGGCGAUGAAGGGCAUGCUCGACAAGUUCGUGAGCGGGGGGAUCACGACCAAGCAGGAGGCCAACAAGUACAAGAUGGACAUCAUCAAAG